AUGACUCGGAACGGAACAUCUUCAUCAUCAUCACCGUCUUCGUCCUCAUCUUUUCCAUCCUCGAGGAGUCAUUCAACGACCACUUCCAUUUCUUCUAAAAAACGUUCAUCCUCUUCAGUUUCUUCCUUGUCGGAAUCGGUUGAAUGGUCUUCCGGGCAAUGCUCAUCAAAACAUAACGAUUCUAAUCAUGAUAAAAACUCGUCAGCCAAGAAUAAGAAAUUGCACAAUUCAAAAAAGCGACACGAAGAUACUCCUGUCAUAACCACUCCGUACGACAACAUUUUUACUCUCCAAUAUGCGAAAGAGAAUAUUUUUCAUUAUUAUUCAAAAAUUGAAUACCGAAAUUUAUAUGUCGAAAAUGGAGGACAAAUAAGAAAACAAUUAUUACAUGCUCAACAUGAAGAAAUUGUAAAAUUAAACGAAUUUAGGAAACAAACGCGAUCUAUUUUAGCUCCAUUUGGACAUUUUGAAAUUCGACGAGAAAUUGAAAAAUUUUCAACUGAGGACACUCUCUCACAUCCUUAUUUCAUGGGAAGAAAAAUGGUAUUGCCACAUUCUGGCGAUGAGGAGUCUAACGAGGACAGUGUCAGUCCUCCUGAAGAGAUCCAAGUUGUGAUAUCGUGCUCCUCAGAUGAGGAAAGUAUUAAUUUUGAUGCUCAGAGUGACUCAGAAACAUCCGAACAGAAAAUUUUGACUGCCACUGAUCGUCAUAGCACAUCCUCUUCAGAUGAGAGCGAUGACAUUAUUGAAAAAUCAAAUGAAAAUGAUACGUUACUACUAAAAGAAGAAGCUUCGUAUUCGUCAUAUUCAAGUGCUGUCUCGUGGUCAUUAGCAUCAUCUUCAGAAGAAGAUGUGCCAGUCACAAGAAGUUCCAAACGAAAAAAGUUUAACAAUGUGAAAAAUACGAAAAACAAACAAUCAAAUGUUUACUCGCCAAUAAUUAAGAGCUCUGAUAUCUUUGGAGAGAAUUCUACUCUUUCGUUGAAAGAAUAUCAAAUUGAAGGAGUCAAUUUCUUGUACAGAAAUUUUUGUGAGAAACGUAAUUCCUGUUUGGGUCAUGAAAUGGGUCUAGGAAAGACUAUUAUUUCACUUUCAACAUUAAACGUUUUUCACAAGAAACUGAACCUGUGUGGCCCAUUCCUUGUAGUGGUUCCUCUCAUCACUUUGGGAAAUUGGGAAAGAGAAGCAAGUAUAUGGGUUCCAGACUUUAAGAUUCACAUUGCAUGGGGAACUAAAAUGGGUAAAUCCAAAGAAAAAGCGUUAGAAACCUUAAACAAGAUAUUUAAAGACUGUAUAGCUAAGAGAAACCCCCUGUUAGUGAUCACAACGUAUGAAUUUUUAAAAGAGAGAAAAAUCAAACAGAGAAAAUGGGCCUGUGUCAUUUUCGAUGAAGCUCACAGACUCAAAUCAAGAACAACUAAAUGGAGAGCUGAAGCUGAAUCACUAAAGACAGAUCAUCUUGUAUUGUUAACAGGAACACCCAUGCAAAACAAUACGGAAGAAUUAUGGAGCUUAUUGCAUCUGAUAGCUCCUGCUAAAUUUCCAUCAUUUGACGAUUUUACAGAACGAUUUGGAGAUUUGGAAACAGAGAGCAAUAUCAAUGAAUUGAAAACAGCUAUUACCCCAUAUAUUUUGAGAAGAACAAAAGCUCAAGUGCUAGUUGAUGAGCUACCUCCAAAAGAAGAAAUUAUUGUCCAGGUGGAAUUGACAUCUUUUCAAAAAGCAAUCUAUCGAGCGAUUGUUGAAAAAAAAGCAAGCUUUUUGAGAAGAAAAUUCUCUUCAACACAGGAUUUAUCAAACAUGAUCAUAUCCUUAAGGAAAUGCUGUAAUCAUCCAUGUUUGAUAUCUGGAAUGAAAAAUUAUUUGAGAAAAGAGGAAAAAAAAGAUGAUCAAGCAAUUCUCAUAUAUAGUUCCUCAAAAAUGGUAUUAGUACACAAGCUGUUAAAAAAAUUUAGAGAUGCCAACGAAAAAGUUCUAAUUCUGUCACAAUUCCUCGAAAUGCUAGAUAUUUUAGAAGAUUAUUUAAACAUGCAAAAUAUUGAAUUCGUACGAAUAGAUGGAGGAACAAGUUCUGAAGAAAGAGAAGAAAAUAUCAAAAAAUUUCAGAAUGACAAUGAGUGCAGAGUUUUUCUCAUGUCCACAAAGGUAGGACAGGGAGUUAAUUUGACAGCAGCCAAUCAUGUCAUAAUUUAUGACAGUGAUUUCAAUCCUUUUAAUGACUCACAAACUGCUGCCAGAUGCCAUCGUAUUGGACAACAAAAGAAAGUUUUUGUGUACCGCCUCAUUACCAAAGAUAGCUACGAGAAGUACAUUAUUUUGAGAGCUAGCAAAAAACUAGGAAAAGAAAAAGUCGUCCUUGCAGACAAUAUGUGCGAUCAACUCGAGUCUCUCUCCUCAGAAGAGUUAGAACGUAUGAUAAGAUAUGGAACCUAUCACAUGUUUCUCAACAAGAGUGAAGGAGAUAUUUCUAACAAGGACUCUGAAUUAGAGAAUGCAGAUAUUGAAAAAUUUUUACAACAAUCCAACAAAGUUAAUAUUCAAGACGAGAAUGAGGGAGCAUUGGUGAGCAAAAUGAAUGCUUUGACACAAGUUGACACAGUCAUUGGAAAGAAUGACAAGAUGGUCAUCGACGAAGAAAGCAAAAAAACAAGUGAAAUCGCUACAAGCAACUCAAGUGUUUCUUCUUCUAUCAUGGAUGAACAAACGAGCUCUAAAAAGAAUGAUAAUGAAGUCAUUACGAGUGCUUACUUUGUACCCAUCGAAGAAGUUACGACAGAUGUCUCUCUCAAUGAUGAACACUUUUGGGAGAAGGCAUUUCCUGACUAUUGUGAUUUACCGACUUUAGAACGGAGGUUAUUCGACCCAAAACCUUUUGAAGCUCAUGAAUUUGUUGACUAUUUUGAAAAAUUAUCAAAACUGGUUCCAGAAUUGAUUGGACAGUCUAUAACCAGUUCGAGUUCAAAAGUCAAAGAAUUGAGAGAUUAUCUUGAAAAUGAAGUUACUACCAAAGUUCAAUCUCACAACAAGCAUCAAUUACACACCUUCCUUCUCAAGCUCAAUAAUCCCAAAUUCAAUUCACAUUAUUAUUCCAUUACAGAUACUCAAAAAGAAAUGAUUAGAGAAUGGCUUUAUUUAAUUGAAAAGAAAACUUUAAGAAAUAGAAAAACUUGGAAUCAAGAAAAAUCAACACAAAAAGCAUCAAAUAGCUCCCAAUGUGAUAUAGAAGUUACCGACGGUUCAACAACGGAUGACAACACUGACGAAGAUUUUCAAGUGGACGAAGAAGAACUUGCUGAAGAAUCAGCUCACCUGCAAGGUGUGAAAAAAAAGACAAAAAAGAAGAAGAAAACAGAUACCAAAGAAAUACUUGCUAAAAAGCUGAACAUGACAGAAAUAUCUGAAAAACCAUUGCAAUCAAGAGGGAAAAAACCCAACAAACAACCAUUGAAAUUUAUGAUUACACCUGAAACAUCAAUAAUGGCUGAAAAUCAAUCUUCACAUGACGUCACACAGAAAGAGAUUACUUUGGAACAGCCACAACAUGUGUCCACCCAUGAGACAGAAGCACCACCACCAACUUCUAUUCCAUCAUCUUCAAUCAAUUCCACAUCAAGCAGUUUUGCUCAUCCUACAGAAAAUCCAUUGAACAAUUGUUCUCCUCUUGUCACCACAUUGUCUUCUGAAACAAAUUCCGUUCUUCACACAACAAGUCCAUCCAUGAUGGCAAUGACAUCAAAUUCCACCACAGUCACUACUGUGGCAGAAUCAGAAACGUCAACACGGCAUUCUCGUGCUUCGUCCAUAUUAGAAGAAUCUUCUGCUACGAUACAAACAAGUAGUGAACUUUUAAGUUUGUUGCCUGUUCAAUUGGAGUCAAGCAACGACACUGCUCCAACAGUGAAUCAUGAUCAUGCCAAAACGCCAACAGACUAUUCAAGCAUGUUAAGUAUCAAUAGAAGUGCUCUGCAAUAUUAUCGCCGUGAAACCAAAACAGGAAUUGGACGAGCAUCCUCUCUUCUUCAAGAUACAAACAACAGCAAUCCUAACACAACCAACAACAACAUCAACAACAUUAGUAACAUGCAACGAAAUCAAACAGUGACUUCACAAACGACCCAUGUUCCACCUCCACCUCCACCUCUUCAACAAUUAGCUCCAAAUAAUGUGAGAUUGCCAUCGUUCACUCCUGUGAAUGCACCACGUCGUGACGUCACGUCGAGUUUAGUCAGACCUCCAACAAUGUCAACUACAAAUAAUCACAACAGCAAUCAGCCAAGGACAUUGACAUCUUUUCACAAUGUUCAUCCCUCAUCGAUGAUACACCAAAGAAGAACUGCCACUCCAUCCCUCAACAACACUGUUUCGAAUUUACAUGGUCAACAAAUACAGCAACAUCCUUUCAUGGAAAUUGUUUCUAAUUCUGCCUUAAGCUUUCGACCAUCAACAACAGCGACCUUUCCACAAGGAACAACUCGACAUGUUACUUCACAAAAUAUGGCACAAAGUAGACCUCAAUCAGCAGUCACAACGCAACCAUUGUAUCGACCACAAGUGGCAGCUCAACAUCAAAUUGCACAACCAAAUCGACCACACAAUCAACAACAAUCACUAAACCCACAACACUUAUCUCAAAUUUAUCAACAACAACAAAUGCUUGCCGAAUUACGGGCUCAAUCUCAGUAUAUUAAUUUACUGAAUCAUGUUGGAAAUAAUAGUGGAACUCAGAGUGCAACGACUAACAACACACAACCAACAAUUUCACACCAAACACAAAUCACUAAUGAUAUCUCGACAACAACAAUUCUUUGUCCUCCUUGCCCUACCUUGUGGGCUCAAAAUAGUACAAACAUUGGAAACGUUUCCAGUAGUAGCUCUACUCUUUUAAAUCAACAAGUAAGAAAUUCAUCUUCACCUAUGAGUAAUGAUAGUGACAAAACCAUUGCAGGACCACCAUUAACGAACUCGCGAAAUAAUGCCAACAACAAUUUGCAACACAUAACGAGAAGCUCAACAUCAUUUGUACCCCCUACAGCACCUGUUCGAAUACCCAUGAAUAAUUAUCAAGCAUCCACCAGCUUUGUAGAAAGAAGUGCUCAUGACCAGAAUGUUCAGUUACAGCAACAACGGUUUCAAGCCAUGUUUCAUACUAAUGUGACCAGCAACAGUUAUGUCUCAAAUCAACAACCACAGCAACCCUUCUUCAUUCCACCCUAUCCUCCUUCUCUCAAUUUGAACCGCCCAAAUAACAACAACUCGAGAUCAUCAAACACUAGCAAUGUCAAAAACAAUCAGAAUAGUAGGUAG